GACGGGACCUGGACUGGGACCUCGAAUUCGUUUGCGCGUGCGCAAGAGCAUCGAUUGGACAAGCGGCGACAGGAUGGCGAUGGCGAGCAGUGCCUUUGCGAACACGGCCCGGGCGUCGAGGGGGGCAGGCCUGGCGAUGGGCAUGCAGUGUGCGCGGACGAGGGCAGGCGCAGCCGCUGCGCCACAGCCGAUAGCGCCGAGAAGAGUGGCAGCGCCUUCAGGAUUCGCAGGGUUCGCCGGGCAAGCAGGCCCAGCCGGUCCAUCGUGGUGGCGAGGGCCGUCGUCGAGUAGCAGGGCUUCGUCAUCGCGGCAGCAGCAGCAGCAGCAGCCACGGCAGCAGCAGAGAUUCUUCCAUGCGAGCGCCCCAGCCCAGCACGGAGGCAUCCACCGGCCCGAGCCGGGCACGGGCAUCAAGGUCACCUUCCGCGACUCCAAGGGCGACGACCUCAAGACCGUUGAGGCAAACGAGGGCGACGACCUGCUGAGCGUUGCGCACGAGUACGACGUCGAUCUCGAGGGCGCUUGCGAAGGCUCGAUUGCCUGCUCGACGUGCCACGUCAUCCUCGAGCCAGACGUCUACGACUCGCUCGAGGAGCCGGGCGACGACGAAAACGACAUGCUCGACCUCGCCUUUGGCCUCACCGACACCUCCCGGCUCGGCUGCCAGGUCAAGAUUGCAAAGGAGCAGGACGGCAUGGUCGUGCAGCUGCCCUCGGCCACGCGCAACAUGCGUGUCGACGGCUCCAAGCCCAGCCACUAGAGAGGCGAGGCGGACAUAUCACCACUCCUGCGAUGCACUGCAAUGCAUACAUUGUUUGUUCUGCGUCCUCUUCCUUUCUUGCAGCCAGAGCAUUGAGAAAAAGCAGGCACUGGAGAAGAAAGCG